GUCGUGCUGUGUUUUGCCAGUCAUGCGUGGGCGCCAGACGACGAGUGUCGAUGCUGCGCUGAGAUGGGCCCUCCGAAACAGUACCUGGCCAGCGACGUUGUAGACGCGCUGCGGGUGUUGUGGGCAGCAGGGGGGCAGGUCGAUGCGGGUGCGGUCUCCUUUGCCGGCCUGGCCAGGGCCGUCGGGCGGGCGGCCGGGAGGCGCUUGGCCUCCGCCGCCAAUCUGCCGGCUUCGGAGGCCGGGCCGCGCGGCGUCAGGCGCGAGGAUGCCGUGCGAGCGGGUGGGGGCUGGAGGAGCUCCGUGUCCGUGCCCUGCCGCGUGGGCGGCCUCGCUCGCGUGCAGGGCGUCUCCGUGCACGUCGCGCGCCUGCCGAAUUAUUUGAAAGGGCGCAAUUUCCGCGCCCGAGGCGAUGCGGGCAAGGACUACCUGCAG